UGGGCCUCCUGUGGUACGUAUUGAUAAAUCCAACAUGGAGGACAACAAGUUGGAAGAAAAACUAAACUUUGCCCCAAAAAACGAUACAGAAGAGAGUAAUGGCAAACACGUCAUGGGACCUCUGCUUUUUGCAGCAACUUCAAGUUCUGAAAAUCGUGAUAAAGACGACAAAAUUUCGUGCAUGUUUUGCGAUAAAUUGUUUGCUAACACAGAAGUAAAGAACGACCCUUUACUACACCACAUGCUGAACGACCAUCAGUUGAUUAUAUCACAGGUCUCUCAGGUCUGUGAUUUUAGAAGAUACUGUCAGCAUUGGAAGAAGAGGUUCAAAGAGGAACCAAUAACAGAAUUCUGUUCCGUGAUUAACAUCAACAGCAAGCCUAGUGAUAUUGGUCCAAAGGUCCAGUAUUAUCUUCUGUGUGAUGCUUUACCAGAGGACAGGGAGCUGAGAGAGAAACUACAACAGAUACGACUUGAAAAAGUGCUUGAGUCACAGCAGAGAGAAAGAAGUGACACUCACUUUUCAAGGACAUGUUUGUUCUGUAAGCAACAUUUUGAAGAAAACAGGAGCUUGCUUUUUUCUCACAUGGCAGAGGAUCAUGGGUUCAGCGUUGGUCAACCAGAUAAUAUUGUGUAUGUUAAUGAAUUCCUAGAUCAGCUGGAGAAAACCUUAAAAAAUCUGCAGUGUAUUUUCUGUGACAAGAAGUUUAAGGACAGACAGACACUUAAAGAUCACAUGAGGAAAAAACAACACAAGAAGAUCAACCCAAAAAACAAAGACUAUGACAGAUUCUACAUAAUAAACUACUUGGAAUUAGGUAAAACAUGGGAAGAAAUCCAAAAAGAAGAAGAUGAAGAAGAACCAGAGGAUCAAACAAAUGAAAAUGAGAAUUGGAGUGAUUGGACUGAACCACCUGAACCUACCGUGUGUUUGUUUUGUCACUUCACGUCCACCGCCAUCACAGAUCUGUUACAACACAUGAAGGAUGUUCAUCAGUUUGACUUGAUGGAGCUGAAGAAUUCUUUAGGGCUCGAUUUUUAUGGUCAAGUCAAGAUUGUGAACUUCAUUAGAAAGCGUGUGUUUGAUGUAACCUGUAUCUACUGUCAAGAGAAGUGUCAGUCAAGUGAUGCCUUACUGGACCACCAAACCAGCAAACAGCACUUUAAACUACCAGAGGACAAAACUGUAUGGGAUCAACCACAAUACUAUUUCUCAACCUACGAGAAUGACGGGCUCCUGUGCUGCUUGGAGGAUGACRAUGAAGAGGAUGACGAUGAAGAGGAUGACGAAGACGAAAAUAAGAACCAAACCAAGGAGUUAAAUGAAAACCAGAUCCCCCGGGAAGAAAAAGUUGAUAAGAAUGGAAACGCAGAAGAAGCAAGUAAAGAAAGUUAAACAGAGUUUAAAAAGGAAAAGAAAAACAAGAGAAAAAAAGAGAGAAAAAGAGAAAAACUAUAUGAGUUAAUAUAUGUAAAGACAAAAUCCUGAUAAGAGGCAGCAUCAUAACUUUACAAAAAUUGUUAGAGUGAAGUCAUUAAACCUGUGAAAUAGAUAUUAGACUAAUAGGUCGCUAUCAAUAGACGUCACUUCCGGUAAUAGCUGCAUUUUUAAUGGCUUGUAGAAUCUUGGAGGUUGUUUUGACCUCU